AUGAAUCAUAUUCAAGGCAUGGAGUGGCAAGGACGCACGGACAGUGUCUCUGACCGUCCAACUGGCGAUCAGAAGACGAAGAGCACGCAGGGCGCUACACAGCGGAGAAGACCGAGCAGCAGGGAGGGCGACUUGUUGAAGCUAGUGGAGCCACUCGUGGACGUUGUUCAACAGCAAGAGCAGCCUGAUCAACUGCGAGGAGCUGGAUGGACGACAAUGAAGACGGGCAAAGCGUAUUGCAAAUUGUGUUUACACGUCCGGGCACCUAUCCAAGGCAUGUCGGAUAAAGAAAUUUCCGGCACCUCCCGCCAGGUACAUUGGUGUGCGGAGCAGGAUGAUUCCGAUGAUGAGGAUAAUCAAGAAGUUACGAUUAGCAAUGUGCAAGCAGCGAGAUGCCGGAAUCAUGUACAAACUUCCUCGCAAAGUAACGGUAAUGAUUCAGGGCGAAAGGAAAAGUUCGAGAAACCUCUGAGUAAUAGUAAUAGAGGUAGUAUAAGAACACGUAUGACUAUAGAACCAGCUAUAAUGCUUCCCAUUAUGGUAAAUGGACGUACCAUUGAGUUUGAGCUGGAUACGGGCGCCUCGGUGUCGAUAAUCGACGAGGCAACAUGGUCGAAGAUAGGUAAGCCAGAAAUGAAACCGACCAAGUUGGAAGCGACGGCUUACAAUAACAGCCCUAUCAGUUUUGAAGGUAGAUGUAGAGUGGAGUUACAGUUCAAAGGACGUGUUAUUGUAAUGGAAGUUUAUGUGCUACGCACAGCUAGCCACCCAUUGUGUGGCCGGGAUAUGAUUAGGGGAUUACAAAUAGACUGUGGACCCCACGUAAAAAACAUGGAGGAGAAGUCGUCCUAUACUAAAGAGCAGUUACGGGAAAAAAUAAAAGUUCUAUUAGAAGAAAACCGAAUGUUGUUUGAGAAAGGUUUGGGAAGAUGUACUACUGCAAAAGUAGCGCUAAAGUUGAAGCGAGGGCUAGAGAAACCCAAAUUUUGCAGAGUACGGCCAAUCCCGAUUGCGUUGAGACCCAAAGUGGAGGCUAAGUUGCAGGAGCUCAUGGAGAAUGAGUGGGCCACGCCGUUGGUGGUGGUCCCUAAACCAGGAGGAAAGAUAAGACUUUGCGGAGAUUAUAAAGUAACGGUAAAUCCUCAAUUGGAUAUUAAUCAAUAUCCAUUGCCCAAACCGGAUGACUUGUUCCAUAUGCUAAACGGAGGGAAAAAGUUUUCGAAGAUGGACUUAUCAGAUGCAUAUAUGCAACUGGAAUUAGAACCGGAAUCUAAGAAAUAUACUGCCUGCGAAAUUUGUGCAACAUUUGGGAAUGAGAUGGUAAAGACGCCGUUGCACCCGUGGGAUGCCCCAGGAAAAGUAUGGCAAAGGUUACAUAUGGAUUUCGCGGAAACUACCGAUGGAAGGAGAUGGCUAGUGAUGGUGGACGCGAAGUCCAAGUGGCCCGAGGUGGUACAGAUGAAAAGUACCACGGUGGAGAGAACGAUAGAGAAAUUGAAAGAUAUUUUAGUAUGCAUGGGUUACCUGAACAGAUAG